CGUUAAGACUAAGGAAUAGCUUCCGUCGUAGACUUAUUCAUUUUUUGGUCAAGAUUACCAAUUCAACGAUGCCUUAAGUUUCGUAAAUGUCUUUUCCAAAACUAGCUGUUUGAUAUUUGUUUGUGUUUAUCUGUUCACAGUAACAAAUUGAAAGAGCAGGAAAAUGCUGUGGAGUGUUUCAUGUUUGUUAAUUUUCCUCCUCUCGGGCUUCUUUAUGGACUGCGGAUCUGCUGGUGAGCAAUGCAGAGAGGAACGGAGCAUAAAUGGAAUGGCUCUACAAGGAUUCGUCUUUACAAAAUUCCUGGUUAAAGCUUUUCACGAGUGUGAUAUCAGCUGUGAAACAGAAAUCAAGUGUCAAAGCUACAACUUCGUUGAAAGGGAAAAGUCGUGCGAACUGAAUACCCGCACCAGGGAGGCAAGACCGGAAAAUUUCCGUUCAGACCCGGCCCGGUCUUACAUAAGACGCUUGAUGGAAAGGGCUCCUCUAGGUUCCAUUCCGGAGCUCCCAGCGCAUUCGUGUCAGGAAAUAAAGGCAAGCGAAGGAAAAGACACCAUUAGCAGCAAGUACUGGCUGGAUCCAACUGCGAAUGGAACGGCAGUAUUGGUUUAUUGUGACAUGAACUUACAAGGUAACUGA